AUGAAUGGGUGUGUGAUUCCACACACGCCUAUUGCGGUUGACUUUUGGAAGGUGAGAGAUGGUCCCCAGAUGAUCCAUUUCCUCACACAUUUCCAUGGAGACCAUAUAUCAGGUCUGACUUCGACAUGGAACCGUCCAAUUUACUGUUCAAAACUGACAAAGAAACUGCUUGUACAGAAACGCGGAGUGAAGUCAGAACUUAUACGUACCUUACAGAUCGGAUGCGCAGAGAUAGUUUUCCUGGACAAUGUGCAGCAGGAGAACAUGGUGGUUACUGCCCUGGAUGCCAACCAUUGUCCAGGGGCUGUGAUGUUCCUAAUGGAGGGCUACUUUGGCACCAUUCUCCAUACCGGAGACUUCCGGUUCAAACCGGAAAUGCUGACUGAGACCACCCUUGCAAAUCGGUCCGGAAAGGUUGAUGUGUUGUACAUGGACAACACAUACUGUUCACCUCGGUGCAAGUUCCCAACGAGAGAACAAGCAACAACAGAAAUCAUCAAAGUCAUAAAGUCGCAUCCAACACACGAUAUCAUUAUAGCCAUGCGAAACUUGGGCAAGGAAGAACUAUUGGUGAAGAUUGCCAAGGAAUGCCAGGAAUGGAAAUAUGUCCCUCACAAGUUUUACCAGACAUUGGAGAUACUCGAGGCCCCUAAUGUGUUCAAUUGUGAUAAUAGAGACCUUAGAAUCCAGAUUGUUCCAUUCUAUACGAUCUCCAAACGUUUUGUGGAGAAAGUGAAUAAGACAAGACCAACUAUAGUUAUUAUGCCAACUGUAUUGUACUUUGGAAUAGAUGCUAGACCCUAUGAAAAUAUCGAUAAUGUCUACAUCGUGCCGUAUUCUGAUCACAGCUCUUAUUCUGAGCUGCGUGAAUUUGUGGCCUUUUUACGUCCAGGACAGAUAAUUCCCAUUGUGAAAGCCACCAGUCGUAGUCCAUUUGAGAUGAGUGUUGCUGACAGGGCUGAUAUGUCAAGAUUCAGUGACCUCACAGGCGAGAAAUUCAAUGAGUCGGUGAAUGUUCCACCGUCUGUUCAGGCAUUUAUGGAAAAUAGAAACAUCACAGCAGCUCUUGGCAAGAAUAGGCUCUUCAGAUUGAGAAAACGACAAAACAGAGCAAGAGGUCUAUGAACUCCAA